GCCAAAUCCUACCCACUCCAGAAUCCGGAGAGCUGAGAUUUCUGACAAAGAAGUCUGGGAUAGGCUGCCAAUUCGGGUUUUCAGGAAAACAUUGACUGAAGACUUUGACAAGGCCCUUCAAUAUGAAAAACAAGCUGAAAUGUUUUCGAGCCCAGAGGAAGAAGAAAUGUCAACCAAAUGGAGCCACAUCACCCCUGAACGUUAUAGAAACGAUGAGGAAGAUGUGUUUGAUGCUGACGGCGAAGAGGAAAUUCGGCCAAAAAAGAAGUGCAGAAAAGAGAAAUUACAGAUCCUCAUCCAGGCACCCCCACUGCCAGUGCUCCCACCAUUGAACUUUCCAAACUCCAGCGAGUACCAGACCACUUCAGCCAGUACCAGCCAAUACUACACCACUCCAAGGCAUCCAGGCCGACCUCACAGCCCAGCGAGAAGCAGCACUUACAGGCUCAGUCCAGACAGGAAUCAUGCAUCCAGCUCAAGCCAGUACCAAACCACUCCAACCAGUACGAGUCAGUACCAGACCACUCCAAGAAGCAGCAGGAAUGCCCUUGAAAGUGAACUUUUCCAGUUAAACAUGAAAGUUCAAAAACUAGUUGAGAACCAGGGAGAAAUUAUGCGCAUGCUGAGAGGGCUGGCAGCACAGUCUGUGGGGCCAGAAGCUGUGGAUGUUCAAGAUCUCAUUGAGAAGCCUUUCGAGACUCUUGAGCAGCUUAAGACCUUCAGUGAACAGCUCGACACUGAUCUUCUGCUCAGAAAGCAGCUGGUGAAAGCUCUUACUGCUCUUGGUGGGCAGAAUUUGGCAGACACAGUGAGGACAAUGCUGAGGAAAAUUGCCACAAACAAAGUCCUGGAGCAGCUUGGUCUCCGUGGAAAGACAGGCAAAGUGGCAUUUGAGGACUUGCCCUUUUACAGAAUAAUAAUAAGAGAAGAGGAGGAAUUAAGAGGAAGCGACGGCGAAGAAGGGCAAAGGGAGGUGUACAAAGGAAAUGGACAGUGAGAUGAGUGACCAGGUAAAUGAUAAAGUAAUUAUACCAAUGUUUUAAAUCAAUUCAUGAAGAUCCCAGUUCUGUGUUGAAUUUGCAAUUAUAAACACUCGAUUGUAUUGUACAUAUGUCCCGGCAAGAAAUCUGCGUUCAAAGAACUCCGGCUUAUUAUUGAUACCCAGAGCCCAAAAAAAGUCUGCGGGCUAUAGAGCGUUUUCUAUUCAGGCUCCAGUACUAUGGAAUGCCCUCCCGGUAACAAUUAGAGAAGCUACCUCAGUAGAAGCAUUUAAGUCCCAUCUUAAAACUCAUUUGUAUACUCUAGCCUUUAAAUAGACCCCCCUUUUAGACCAGUUGAUCUGCCGUUUCUUUUUUCUCCUCUGCUCCCCUCUUCCUUGUGGAGGGGGUGGGGGGCACAGGUCUGGUGGCCAUGGAUGAAGUGCUGGCUGUCCAGAGUCGGGACCCGUGGUGGACCGCUUGCCUGUGCAUCGGCUGGGAACAUCUCUGCGCUGCUGACCCGUCUCCGCUCGGGAUGGUGUCCUGCUGGCCCCACUAUGGACUGGACUCUUACUAUAAUGUCAGACCCACUCGACAUCCAUUGCAUUCGG